AUGGCGUCUAAUAAAAAGUCAGCGUCAGUGAUUAACAUGACUACAAGGCAGAAGGAUCACGCAGCACAUCAACAAACAGGUGAUUUGGCUCGGAAACCGUCUACUUCAGCUCUGAAACAUUCACCAUCGGAUAGAAAGAUGUCCACUGUUGGUGUAGCCAGAAAGAUGUCCACUGUCGGCGUAACCAGAAAGAUGUCGGUUGCUUCCAGUGCUUCAACUGGUCGAAAGUUAUCCACCGCAAAGGGAAGAAGUUCGGGAGCUUUGAUGACUAGAAAGAUGUCUAGUUGUUCUGAUCGCCAUGGCGGAAGUCAGCCGCGGCAUCCAUCUGGACCAUCUGUGGUCGGAUUUAGACAACUUCUUGUGACUAAACGUCUUGCCCGUAAUCUUAAGCUUCGAACCACUCAGCGCUUAGCUGAACGUCGUGGAAGAAGUUACAUCACUUACACUGACCGUCCAAACCGAAAGACUCUAUCGUCAGAUCUGGAUGCUUUUGUUGAGCCAUCUUACCAAUUGGUACCACCACAGAAGUUUGGUGAGUUUCGUGGAACAAUUAACGACAUCUUUGAAGAGAUGAUCCCAGAAAGACUGGAUAAAAUGUGCUAUGACGCCACAUUGUGUAAAGUACAAGCAAAGUUACUGGCUGGCGAUAUUCAGGAGAAAGUGAAAGAUUUGUGUAUCGAGCGUUAUAAACUAAUAACAGUGGUUAACAUUGGUGAGAUCCAGCAACAGGCUGUACGUGUUUGUAGUAGGGGUAUCUGGGAUGUAGAAGUUGACUCAUUUGUAACGUAUCGGUAUCAAAAUCCAUCAAUGUAUUGCGUUGCUACAAUAUUCGGGAUUUAUUACGAAUGA